UCCAGGCUAUGGCGUGUGUUGCGGACCACGAAGCAGAUGUGCGCUGACAGAGGCUACGAAUUGACCGAGGCGGAGUGCAACAUUAGUCUGGAGGAAUUCCGUAGCCUAUAUGCCGACGAGAGCGGAGUCCCGCAGCGAACGAAAAUGGCCUUUACAGCGCGACCUUCCGCAGCCAUGAUCAAAAAAUACACGCCUUUCACACGACCCAACCAACCCGAGAAAGAGGCAGAGAUCGGAAACAUUCACGUCGAGUUUUCCAAUGAGAGCAAUAUCGGAAUCAAACACAUCAAGAACUUCGCGCAGUUGCUGAGCGAAAAGAACUACUACACGGGCAUUUUCGUCACCCAGGUCGCACCAACAAGCGCCGCGCUCAAAAUCAUUCCUUCCGUCCUGCCGACCGUCAUGGAAAUCUUUCGCGAGGAGGACCUUCUCGUCAACAUCAGCAAGCACGACCUCGUGCCCAAGCACAUUCUAUUGAGCCAGGAAGAAAAGCGUGGACUGCUGGAGCGGUACAGACUGAAAGAGACGCAGCUACCGAGGAUUCGCGUGGACGAUCCGAUGGCGAGAUAUUUGGGCUUGAGGAGAAGCCAGGUGGUCAAGAUCAUCAGGAAAUCAGAAACGGCUGGACGAUAUGCCAGUUACAGGUGGGCUAUAUGA